CAGCUAUAAAGUACAAUCAGUGCUACAUUUUUCAACCCUUAUUAUUAGCACAGUCCACAAAGUAGUGAAGUGAUCGAGUGGAGAGGUAUGGCAAUUCCCAAUAUGCGGAUCCCUAGUCGGCAGCUGUUCAUCGACGGUGAAUGGAGAGAACCCGUCAAGAAGAACCGGUUACCCGUCAUUAAUCCUGCCACUGAAGAAAUCAUCGGGGAUAUUCCGGCAUCUACAGCGGAGGAUGUAGAUAUCGCCGUCAAAGCUGCACGGAGAGCGCUUGGUCGAAAUGACUGGGGUUCUACAACUGGAGCACAGCGCGCUAAGUAUCUUCGUGCUAUUGCUGCUAAGGUACUGGAGAAGAGGCCUGAACUUGCUACACUUGAGACAAUUGAUAAUGGAAAACCCUGGUUCGAGGCUGCCUCUGAUAUUGAUGAUGUCGUAGCGUGCUUUGAGUACUAUGCAGACCUCGCUGAAGCUUUGGAUUCAAAAAGCAAGACUGAAGUUAAACUUCAUCUGGAUUCAUUCAAGACCCAUGUUUAUAAAGAGCCUCUUGGUGUUGUGGGGUUAAUUACUCCAUGGAAUUAUCCUCUGCUGAUGACCACAUGGAAAGUCGCUCCCGCCCUAGCUGCUGGUUGUGCAGCAGUACUUAAGCCGUCUGAACUUGCGUCUAUUACCUCUUUGGAGUUGGGUGAAAUCUGUAGAGAGGUGGGUCUACCUCCUGGUGCCCUUAACAUACUAACGGGAUUGGGACAUGAAGCUGGUUCUCCUUUGGUAUCGCAUCCUGAUGUUGAUAAGAUUGCCUUUACAGGAAGUGGCCCAACUGGGAUCAAGAUCAUGACCGCUGCAGCUCAACUAGUUAAACCAGUUACACUUGAGCUUGGUGGAAAAAGUCCACUAGUGGUGUUUGAUGACAUUCCUAACAUUGAUAUAGCUGUUGAGUGGACACUUUUUGGCUGCUUUUGGACAAACGGUCAAAUUUGCAGUGCAACAUCACGUCUUAUAAUACAGGAUACAAUUGCUUCACAAUUUUUGGACAGGCUUCUAGAGUGGACGAAAAACAUCAAAAUCUCUGAUCCCUUGGAAGAAGACUGCAAGCUUGGUCCUGUCAUUAGUCGUGGACAGUAUGAGAAGGUCUUGAAGCUCAUCUCAACAGCCAAAAAUGAAGGUGCAACCAUUCUUUAUGGUGGCGAACGGCCUCAGCACUUAAAGAAAGGAUAUUAUAUUCAACCGACAAUCAUAACUGAUGUGGAUACGUCCAUGGAAAUCUGGAAAGAGGAGGUAUUUGGACCUGUUCUUUGUGUCAAAACAUUUAAAACUGAAGAGGAAGCCAUUGAACUAGCAAAUGAUACCAAGUAUGGUUUGGGUGCUGCUAUUUUGUCAAAAGAUCUUGAAAGGUGUGAGCGUUUCACAAAGGCUUUUCAGUCGGGGAUUGUCUGGAUCAACUGUUCACAGCCAUGCUUUUGGCAACCUCCAUGGGGUGGCAAAAAACGUAGUGGUUUUGGACGCGAACUUGGGGAAUGGAGUCUUGAGAACUACCUAAACAUUAAGCAAGUGACUCAGUAUGUGUCUGACGAACCAUGGGCUUUUUACAAGUCACCUUCAAAGCUGUGAAACUUUCAAAUGGUUAAGGAACAUGCAAUUGUGUUGUGCCACUUAUGAGAACCAAUGCCGAUGGAGAAGCAGAGAUGAAACUUGAUUUGAUGUAGAAGUAGUGUUGUUUGUAUUGUUCGUUAAGUAGUCUAAUAAAUCUGUUCGAAGGGAGAAAACAUGGAUAGCAUUUUAUACUGAUAUUGCCUUUCUCUUUUGUUUAUCUCAUGAUUUAGAGCAUAGUGUCAAUCAAAAUAUGGGAUAGUGUUA